AUGGCAGAUCGCAAUCUUUACGCGACGUACAAGAAGGACACCAGGUACUUGGUCUACUGGAUGAUCCAUGCCUCCAACCAUAUCCUUCGUGGCCUGGAGACGCCCGAGCAUGACUUGUUGGCCCUCAAUUCAACGGGGCAGACCACAGUUUCCGGUCUGGUCGCCAUGUCCAAACUGAUCGCCGCUCAUGCGAUCCCUGUCCCAUCAAUCAUUCAGCGAUUGCUCAAGUCCAUCAUCGCCGCCCGCACCCAAGUCCACGCGCUCUUCGAAACGUUGGCCGGAAAAGACCCAGACCCGGAACUCGCAAGGAGCAAUGCCUCCCACAAGCACUUCAUUGACGCCCUCAUGGAAACAUUCAAUGUCCUAGGAGGCUCCGCCUUGACAUCCUCGCAGCCAGACAAUCCGAAUGAAGAGGCUGACCUGGACGAGUUUAUUUUUUCAAACAAGUUCUCUGCCUUGGGAGUAACCACUGGCCAAGCCGUUGAGAGCGAAUCCGAUACAGACGAUUCCGAGCUUGAGAUACAGAACGCACCCCGCAGCCAACAAGGUCCCAAGGCGGGAAGAGGCAAGAAGAGCAAAGGAAAGAAAAAAGGGCGUAGCAAGAGGAAGUCCGGGCGUGCAAAACCCACAAUUCGCGAAGCUGAUUUGGACCAUUUGCCAUUGGAGAGCUUCCGCAUCAUUGAGGACUUCAAUGAGGACAAAGAGGAAGGAUAUGGAAUCAUUACCGACUACCUGGUUGCCGUGUAUUAUGUUUUCCGAGAAAUUAUCUCCGUCAGAUCAUUUACGCAAAACCUCUGGCGUGAGGUAGCAUACGACGACUUGAAUAGUGCCGUGGCCGCGGCUGUCUCGAACAUGGCCAUUACUGCCGUUCGGAAAAUGGCUACACAGAUCUUUGUAGAUUUUCCGGGCAACGAUUCAUUUGACACCAUUCUGCAAACAAUUACCAGGGGAAACCCUGAAAACCUCAAGAACAACCUCGCGGUCUCUUUGUUGGCACCUGAGGAUGGCAACGAAAAGAUGAAAGAGGUCCAUGAGAGCUUUAUAGAUAUCGAGGAGCAAUUCCUCAUCUAUGUCUAUAAGGAUUUCUGCGACUUCAUUACCGAUUUCCGCUUGAACCGCAACGGGAAACCGACAAAACGCAUGCAGACCGAGCUGGCGAAUUGGGAUCCCAACUUCAACCUUGAAAAGGCGACACCGGAGGAGAGGAUCAAAUGGCGGCGUGCUUACACUAUUAACUGGCUGUAUGACCUUGUUAACGUGUUUUCCUCCGUCGUUGUUCAACGGAUCACUCUCAAAGGAAAAUCGAUUAACCUCGCCACAGUGGACUGGUCGCCCAGCGGUCCAUGGCAUAAUUACCGCAGGCUGUAUGGUCUCAAUGAAUUUGCCAGCUUUGUUACAUCGCUGGCCUUCCAAAGACCAUCAGCAGACAUGAAAUCCAAGAUACAACCCCAUCAUGUCUUCCAGCUUCAGUGUAUCGUGGAUUCCAUGACUGUGUCUCGUGGAUGGCAGGUCAACUCUCUCUGUGGUCAUAUCAUCACUGCCCCGAGCCCAAAGUUCUUUCCGCGACGGGAUGUAGACCUCUUCCUAGAUCGGGAAGAAAAAACCGGAGCCGGUUUCCUACAGGGCGGAUUCGUUCUCAGAAAACUCCUAGAACGCGAUGCAGCAAGCCGUGGCAAUCCAAAUCAUUACGACGUAAUACUUACGCCCUUAGAAGUGAUCAGGCUGGACUUCAUCGAAUGGCUCGGUGAGACGAAAUACAAGGAUGGGUUGAAAGGUAUUCCACCUUCUCGAUUCACCAGCACGAAUGCCAAUGGAUUGUACGAGUAUUCGCCAUUCAUGUGUGGUGCCGGGCUCUUGGAGGGGCUUGAGUUGGCAUAUUUGAUUGGCAUUUACAUCUGGGACUCGACCCCGGAACUCCUCAUGGUCAUCCAUCUUCACAACAUGCUCGAGAAAAAAGGCUUUCUCAAGGAGCCGGUUCCACUCUGGGGUUCUAUUGCGCUAAUUUUUCCCGAUUCUCUGUUUCAUAACAAAACGCCACCCACUUCCAACUUUGCCCAAGCCUUUAUCGAUCACGCCCAAAGGAAAGGUAUUCAAAACAGGACCAGGAAUAAACGCGCCAAAGAUAUUAUAGGUGUUCUCGAUCCCAAGGCUAAUGUGUUUUUCAAAACCAAACCCUGUACUCAAGUUCUUAGAGACGCGGGGUGGGAUCCAGAGAGAAUUCCUGACAGCGAUAUCGUAAUUCCGUCCAUUCUCGGUGCCCAGCGGCUCUCCCGAGUCAAGAGACUGAUAGAUCCGGUGACCGGAGAGAUGAAGCUGGAAGAAACUGAACUGGUGCGCAGAGUGAAGAAGUCUGGCAUGAGCGACGAUGGAGUAGUAGCAAUUGCCUGUUCAAUGGCUAUUCGGAAUGCCUCUAUAAAUAUCAAGCAAGCCCACCAAGCCCAACGAAUGAAAGAAUAUGUGGCUUCCGCACCGGAGAUGCAGGGUCUGUCUGGGCAAUUGGGAAAACGAGGUGAGACCACGUUGGAUUGCCUGCAACAGUCCAUGUGGGACAUUGGCAUAGCCAUAAAUGGAGACUUCCCGGCCAUGGGACUGAGCUUCCUAUGGCCGACCACCUUCGUCUACUUGUUUUUCAUGUCCGUGGAAGAAGAACUACGCGAGAAGCAAAAUCCCUUGUACAAGAGGUCGUUUGAGAACCCCAAGUAUUCCGAAGACAAGCGAAUGGCUCUAGUCCUUGGUGCUCUGACAGGAAAACAUGAGGAGUGUUUGCGUGUGAUGGCUAGUGUGUUUGAAAGCCUUCAGACUGAUUUCUUUUCACAAAUGUACUGGAAGGGUGCGGAAACGGUCGAGGAAAGACUGCAGAGGGAGGCAAACAAACACAAAUCCGAACUUCCUGAUUGUACUAUAAUGUAG